AUGUCCCAUCCUAGUACGCUACAGUUCGUCCAUCAGCAAAGCAUUGAUCAUCAGAUCAUCUAUAUGAUCUUUCAUCGACUGGUCAAUGAUAGCGAUGCUAUCCAGAUACUCGAAGAUCCUAAGACAGAGCUCGACCAAAUUUUCAAGACAGGCGUGAUACAUUGCUUCUCCCUUGGGAAACGUGGUCUUAGCAGUCUUAUCAGUUCUACUCCGUUGUCCUUUAUCCCAGCCUUAACGCAGAACAUAUUCCGUGCGGCGCUAGUCCUGGGUAAUGGAGAAAUCUUGAGAUACAUUUUGGAAAUGAAUCGAGCGAGUUUCGCCAACCAAUCGUUCUUUCUUGGAGGCGCUGAGUACUACCCAUUGGAGUACGCGUGUCAGAAAGGGCACAUUCAAACAACAAAAGCGCUGCUUGAUCAUAGUGCUGACCCUAAUUGGCAAACACCUGUUUAUGGUCGUGCUCCUCUGACAGUCAUUCUGGGAGUGCCAUCGGAAAACACAGACCGCCAAACAGGAGUCCAGAUUCUUCGGCUAUUGAUCGAUCAUGGCUUAGAACCCCAGCCUAAGGAAUUUGUAAUGAGAAUACACAAUUUCAACAAGGAUGAAUUGUUGAUCUUAGCUACGCAUUGCCUGGACAAGAGCUUCGAAACCUUCAUUGAAUACUACGGUCUACCAGUACUUCUGUUGGAACCAGCGUGGGAUGAUCCUUUCUCCAAGACAUUAAAAGCUAUUUUGGAUCUGGCGUUCUUGGAAUUGGGUGGUCGGAGAACGAUCUGGGACUCAGUGUUGUCAGACUCGCUCUCUGCUGCUAUACUACGCAGCCGUGCGUCGGCAGUCGAUACAUUGCUUUCUAUGGGCGCCACUCCAGACAUACACUGCUUGAUCAGUGCUGCUCAAAGUAAUGAUGUGCAUGUGCUCAAAGACAUUCUGAGCCGUGGCCUGGACCCCAAUACAGUGGCGCCGACUCCGAUUGAUAGGACUGGUCCUGACAUUUAUUAUCUUGCAAACUGGAAACGAGAGCGGGAUUGUACUGCGCUUAGUGAGUCUAUUGUGAAUCGGUCCAGAGGAGCGUUUCAAGUACUCUAUGAGCAAGGAUUCGUCUCGAGUGUAUCCAAUCGACCGAUCGGAUUUGCUUCAGCCUUCGUAGCCGCGUGUCAAGUUGGUGACAGCAUACUGAUUCAGCAGUUUUUGUCAAUGCCAAACUUCCCGCGUAGGCAGCCCAAAUUAGAGCAAGCAAUCAAAGCUGCAAUAGACGGAGACCAAUAUCACAUCGUGGAAAAGCUCCUGUCUGUGGGUAUGAAGCCAAGCUUGAGGAGCUUGGAAUUGGCAUUCCAGAAAAGGAAAUUGACAACUGCCAUCCUCUUGGCCAGAUACAUGAGCGAUGCUGUGUCUUCCGGAGUGGGUCCAGAUGUACAAAAAGUCACAAUACUCUGGGAAGCUCUACGAUGGGGCGAUCAAACAGCUAUCGAGCUUGUACUCAAGAUGGGGCAUCCCGUCAAUGUGUGCGAUCAAUUGAGGGAAGGAACGUUCAAGGAUUGGGACUUACUGCCAGAAAUUCGAGCGCCUGACAAUUCUCGACCCUGGAGAUAUACACCUCUUAGUGCUGUCAUCCUAGCCAGGAACACUACUGCAGUGAAAACUUUGAUGGCUUACGGUGCACACUCUGUGUGUUUCAGCGCGCAUGAUACAUCUCAUAAGUUCGCCUACUCGCAUUAUAUAGACCUCGAGGAGCAAGGAUGGAUUUUGACGCCGCUAGCUGCUGCUAUUGUCACAAAUGACCUUCAUCUGAUUAGCGAGAUCUUGCGCAUAGGAGCAGAUCCCUUCGAUAACAGCGCUCUUUUCGUAUGCGCUAUGAUUGACUCUCAAGACGAGGUCGUCGCGCUACUGCUCUCUGCUUUCAGGACCCGAUAUCCAGAUGGAGCGCGAUCAUUCGGGUCGGACGCACUAUACCAGACCAUAAGACGUGGUAAUGCGCGGCUGCUCCGACUACUCGCUAAAGAUGUUAAUCUUAUUGGACGAGUUAAGAAGCAUCGCAAACCUAAUUUCGACCGGUUUCAUAUGACGCAGGAUACUGUGUACACGAGUCCUUUGGGUGAAGCAGUGCGUCGUCAUGCUGACAGCGAGAGUGCUGGCGGUAUGCUCGAUUAUCUUCUACCCUUGGUUCAGGACCACGACGUUAUCGUACACAAAUCAUACAAGCAUGGUGCCAUGACUCCCCUGCUUUUCGCGAUCUCUUUGGAUUCAUUGGCAACCGUCCGGAAGCUGCAUCAGGCUGGCGCAAACAUAUCCUUACCAGCCGAGUGGCUAAUUGACCGAACACCACUACAAGCAGCAUCAAGAGCCGGAAGUAAAGACAUUGUCGAAUACCUCAUUCGUGAAGGCGUCGAUCCAAACGAACCGCCAGCAGUCCACGCUGGAGCGACAGCCAUCCAACUAGCCGCAAUCACUGGAAAAAUUGGCGUAGCGACGGUUCUGCUGGAUGCUGGAGCUGACAUAAACGCACCACCAGCCUUUUGCGACGGCAGAACCGCCUUCGAGGGGGCCGCAGAACAUGGACGUAUUGAGAUGAUGAUCUUUCUCGUCAGUCGAGGGGCAGAUCUUACCUCGAAUGGGAGUGUACAAUAUCGGCGAGCUGUUGAGUUUGCAAAGGACAAUGCACAGCAUGCUGCAAGAAAGCUCGCGGAUGACUUGUAUGCGAAGGUUUCGACGAGUCAAGGACCGAGCUUCAUUGAUAUGGGUGUGGACGCGUGGGCUGGGGUUGGUGCGAACAGCUUUGAGAGUUUUUUGUAG